AUCGUGAAUCGUCGUCGUAUAGUUGGUAGUUCUCAUUUGACCAUUGACCAUAUCGGAUUGUUUGUGCCUUUUGUAUUAAUUUUAAUUUGAAUUCACUUUCAGUUACUUAUAUGUUAUAAACUUGUAACGGUUAAUGUGUGUACUUUGGGGAUAUAAAUAAUGAGUAUGAUGUUAUACAAAUGUUUUGAAAAAUGUUGCUUGUGUAAUUAGGUACGUGAAAAGUAUAGAGAGUCGCACUUUUUAGCUCUCAGAUCAAUUUGUUUCUAAAAGUUAUAACCUAAGGUUUGGCGCGAAAAAUGAUUUUUAAAAAAUACACCUCUGUUUUGUUUCCAAUAAAAUAUUAGUUGAUAAAAAGAAAACAACAAAUUAAUAAUUAAUUGAAGUGUGGCUAAAAAAAAAACAAAUAACAGAGCAAUAUUAAACAAAUUAGUAACUAAAAGUUUUCAAGACUUGAGUGUUUGAAAUGGGUUGGUAAUGGGCUUACAUUGAAUUCGGUAUUGAAGAAUGGAAUCUAUGAUAUUGGAUUAUGGGUUUCUCCUUGACUGAGGUGCUCAUGAAGCUAAGUCAAUACAAGUGAUAACUACACGAAAAAUGCAAACAAAACCAAGCCGCCAUACCAUGCUAUCAAAAUGCCCAACCAGAUAAGAACUCAAAAACCUUUAUCGUUUGCAUUCGAUAAACCUUACUCAGCUGGAAAACAUUUUUAGUUUGAAAAUGAGUUCGGAGAGAUUACUCGCAGCUAACGAUAACGACAACUCGAACGGUGCUGUUUCGAACAUUAGUGAUAUAAUGUCCAUUCGACUUAGAGGUAGACUGUGCAAUUUUCUCCUGAUCCUAUUGAUUCUGGGAGGGGGACUUCUGUUCAUUGUUCAUAUGAUACGCCUUCAACCGGCAAUAAAUCAGUACGAACUUCUGAAAGCCUACAACCGAAAUCAUAAAGUUGUAAAGUCCAAUCAGAGCGGACCUCGAACCAUAUUGCUGUGGAAUGCCUUCUUCGGAGACCGUCGAUGGAAACUUCCCGGCGAUACAUUGAGCCCGGACUACUUCCGAGAUCAGCGUUGUCCGGUGACCAAUUGUGCUCUGACCAACAAUCAUGAUUUCCUGCCCGCCAUAGAGAUGUUCGAUGCUAUUGUCUUCCAUGUAGCUGAACAUUUUCCAUUUCUUCAACCGGUGCCGAAACGUCGCAGUCCGGAACAGCGCUAUGUUUUUGCCCUAAUGGAACCGCCCGGUGAGACUAAGCAUAUUCUUGGCAACGAGCAGCGGUUCUACAACCUCACCAUGACAUAUAGACUGGAUUCGGAUAUCGUGUGGCCUUAUAUGUUCUUCGAGGACAUCGAGACCGGACUGAUUGUGGCUCCAGCUGCAAAUCCAAUAUGGCGGAAAGUUGAAUCGAUGGAAUUGACUGAUGACAAAGAAUUGAAUGCAGUGAUAGCUGGGAAGACGAAAUUUGCAGCCUGGUUUGUUUCACACUGUGAGACUUUGUCACAGCGAGAAGAAUUGACCAAAAGUCUGCAAAGAUAUGUUAAUGUUGACGUGUAUGGUGCGUGCGGACCUUUAAAAUGCCCCCACAACUCAUCAAGAUGUGAUAGAAUGCUCGAUACGGAUUAUAAAUUUUACUUCGCCUUCGAAAAUUCACUGUGCCUUGAUUAUGUAACUGAGAAAUUUUACAAUGCUCUUAAUCGACAAAUAGUUCCUGUUGUUUUUGGAGGAGCAGAUUAUUCAAAAAUUGCACCACCUCAUUCGUAUAUUGAUGCAGAAAAAUUUCGAAAUGUCAAAGAAUUGGCCGAUUAUCUUAUCUACCUUGACCAGCAUCCCAAAGAAUAUGGACGUUAUUUUUGGUGGCGUAAAUUUUAUCGAUUAACUUCACGAUCACCAUUUUGUGAUUUGUGUAUGAAAUUAAAUGCACCAGCUGCAAGUGAAAAAGUACAAUUUUAUGAUGAUAUCGAAAAUUGGUGGCUCGGCGAUACGUGUUAUUUUAAACCAAAAAUAUUAUUUUAAUUGUAUUUAUAAUUUAUUUUAUGUUGUAAAAAUAUAAGUAUGUAUAGGUUAAGAAAAUUUAUGAGAUCCAUAUUUACAAAAAUGUACUUAUUUUCAUUUUCUAAGUUUUUAAUCUGUUGCAUGUACACAAAUAAACAAGUUGCCAUAAGA